CCAGGGGAGAAAAAAGGCGCGAACGUGUGGCGCGUACGCACCAAAGACCGGUGAUUGGCGGAGAAAUCUUUGCACAUAUAUGUAUUUCGUACUGGCUAACAUCGCAACAGUUUAUUUAUCAAUGCAGACACCGAAAUGUUGCGUUGAACUUAUAUAUUGUCAUCGAGCACCAUCAAUAUUCUCAUCAGUAGUCCCCCCCUCCCGUCCCUUGACUGAUCCACAAAAGGGAUCUCUUGGAGGUUAAACUGGGCAAAAAAAAAGUGAAACAGCGGUGGCAAUGGCAAUUAGCAACAAAUAUUUCCGCUACAAAAAAACCAAAUAGUGCUUCUAUUAUCUUCCCUGUGGAUGCGUUUAUUGUGCGUUGACUCUGUGGUGCACAAAUCCUGCUUCUAGUUUCAUUUUCAGUGUAAAAAAUUGGUAUUUGGCGAAUGAACUGUUGGGAAAAUCAGCGAGGGUUACGUUGUGUGUACAAUUAUCUUGGCGAGCAAAUGGGACGCCAGUGAUUCGAUGACUCCAUGAUUAUUCGGAGGGAAUUGUGUGUGAGGGCUCGGAAAAUGUGAUUACACCGGCUUCGAAGUAGAUUCAGAACUAUUGGACCUUUUUCAUAAUUUUGUGUCACUGAUUUGUCGACAGUUGAUAGUGAAAAGUUAUUGGAACUAUUAGUUCAUUAGGAAUAGUGUAAUUAUGUCUGUGACUGCGGCAGUUGUGAACAAAUUUCUGAAGACGCUGCGGGAGAGCAACAGCAUUGCGGAAAAAUGGACUGCCCUAACCUGCAUAACGAGUCAUGCUGGCAAGGGGCUAUCGCAGACAUUGACAAAGGCUCAGUUCACCGAACUCUGCACUCAAUUAAUCAGCAUGAUCACCAGCUGUGAUGCAAAGAUCCAAAGCGACAUAACCAAGUUAUUUAAUAUUAUUCUUAAGGAGUUUAUUAAUAUGGACCCGGUUCUGUUUGGGCUUGCAACAAAAAUCGACAGGAGUAAACGAUUGGCUUUCUUCGAUUUUCUGAAAACCGUCGAGGUGCCAGCGCUCACUCAUCUCCUCAAGGAUGAAGAUGUCGUGCUAUUUUUUGAGGACUGCCUCAAGGGGAUUAACGUCGAGUCGAUGAACUGGCUAGCGAAGGAUCCUACUCCAGGGAAUAUCGAGAUCCUCAGGAAGGUCGAGGCAGGCCAACUGGAUCCUAAAGACGAUGUGGAGCACAGGCUGAUCCUCAAGGUUGUGGAGUUCUUGCAGAAGGUGUACGAUUGUGCCGCUGAGACUGCCACCAUUAAUGUUUCACAGUUCCACACCAUAAUCCUGGAGAAAAUAGCUACCCUAGCCUACAUGGGCUACUCAAAGCAGCGUGAUCCAGCUCUGAAGCUGCUGGAGACAGCGGUAUCCCAGGGUCUAGUCCCUUACACCAGAGAAAAACAUCCCAGCUCAUGGCAAGCAUUCAAAACCAACCUAUCCGAUGUAUUCAGUCCUCGGAUGACCCUCCUAGUCUCCUACAAAUACGCAAUCUGGUCAAGUCUUUGGUCACUGACUAUAAGAAUGCUAGGUACAGAGGCCCACAAGAACUCAGCCCUAAUAAACGAGCUGCUCCUCGUUGAGGAGAAGGCUUUUAAAUCCUCUGAGACGGAAGUGCGAAAGCAGGCUUUCCUCUGUUGGAAAUACUUGAUCGACAAUUUCGCCCUGAAUCCAGAGGAAUUCAACAUUUGGAAGCGAGUGAAGCUCCUAUGUAUUCCCCUAAAUGCCAAGAACAGUAAGAUCGAGGUGAUAGCCCUGACGAAGUUGGAGGUCUGGUGGCACCUGAUCGUCACAAUGGUCACGAAGAAAACGACCGACCACGUGGCCCAGGUGACAAUUCAGUUUCUAAAUUUUUGUUUUGGUCCCCUGGGAGACACUCCCCUGCUGUCGAAGAAGCAGAAUCUGGUGGCAUCUCCUGGGAAAAUAUUUUUUAAAACAAAGAUCUGCGCGAUCGACGCUCUCCUUCAGAUGAUGGUGAUCAAGGAGAAGGAUCGUUCACUGAUCACCUCAGUCCUGCUGGAGAGACUUCCCACGGCGAUACCAGUAAAAAUGUUCGAGGAGCACCACAAGGCCUUUUUGCACAGUGUCUCGGAAGCAGUGAUAAUGAUGAGUAAUCUUACUAACGAUGAUUUGAAGAAUCGUCAUACCCUCAAUACAAUCCUCUUCACGAAUCUAAUGGACUAUAUCGGUCGCUCGAAUCCAGAUAAAAAGCCAAACAUAUAUAAAGAGCUGAUUCUGGUGACGAACGAAAUGAUAAGUCACUCUGAUGAUUCUUCAAUGAUAACGGAUUUGAUUCUGUACUACGUGUUGCCGGCGCUGACGAAGGUAUCUGAUCAGCUGGUGUACCCAGACAAUACUCUAAUAGAUCUGUUGAAAAAGAUCGUAACCCCCUCGAUUCUGGCGAGAGUUCAGGCGAGCCACCUCAACGACAUCAGAGAGCUCAUAGAACGAACAAUGAUGCUAUCAAUUAAUAUGAUGUACCAUCCCAACGUUCUGGGAUUCAUAAAGUCCCUUCUGGAUGGAAUGUCAGCAGCAUUGGUGAAAAAGGUCCAGCAGUCUCUGAUCAUCGAUAUCUGGCGUAUCCUGGCUGACGCUAUGACGAGGUACAUGGGAGACGAUCAACCGAUCAACGAAGGGACUGAUCUCUCUCACAACCUAACCACCCUGGAGACCCUGGUAAAUUUUCCUUUCAAAGGAGACAUUACAUACACUAAAUCUCAAGUGAAUACAGUCUCUGUGUACUGGAGGCAUCUUUACAAAGCGUUUGACCAGCAGGCUGACAGGAUUCCUAGUGUCAAGCACAAUUUAAUUCUCAACGCAACAGCUAAAGUGAUGGUGGAGGCACUCUCGAGGUCAGAGAAUUAUUUUCACCUGGUGGCCCGUUGCCUGACACCCUUGAUGGAAACGAUAAACUACGAGAGACUCCCACUGACUGGACAGGUACCAGCUUUGGUAUACGUCUUGCGUGAUGUGCUGAUGCUGUCAUUGAAGAAUAACAGUAACGAAGAGGCAGAGUUGGCAUUGAAAUCCAUGGACGCGUACCUGAUAUCAGUCUUUGGUCUAAAUAACGGUCCGAGAAUUUUGCUAUACCUAGAGGGGCUGAGACCAGCGAUCGAGUUACUUCUGCGCGAUGAUCUGAUAGUGGGAAUUGAAAGAGAAGUUCUGAAUGCCCUGGAGCACAUAAUCUUCAUCAUCGACAAGAGUGCUGAGGCAUUGACAGUGAAGUUCGUCGGGUCCUUCAAGCAAAUUAUUCUUCUAGCUCGACGUCACACAGACCCCUCGAUAUCCCUGAGUGUGAGGAAGCUCCUGGAGGCAAAUCCCCACGUGAAGGACGACGUCAGAUACCUCUUCUCAAUGAUAGAACACGAGGUUCAAAAUCCAUCGACGAAUCAUCCAGAAAUCCUUCCCUUCGAGAAUAAAAUAGCGAAAUCCGGUAAAGUUGUGGGGAGUUUCCUGGGAAAAGUCAUAGAGCCCUCGAAGACGUUCAAGCCACCAGAGGCGAAGAAAGAUCUCAAGAAGAGGACUCCACUCCCCCCAGACCCAGAUUCACAGGACUACGUCGUCAUAAAAUCUGAUCCAAUGUUCGAUGUGAACAGGUUGACUGAGCACCAGAAAGAGUGUCUUAAACGUCGACGAGAGGACUUAGCCAUCUUCAAUGACACCUCCCAGUCGGGGUCGACCGACACUCACGACCUUCAACAGUGGUUCGACCAGUCCAGACAGAGGAAUGAAUCAAACAAGGAGAAUACCAUGACUGUAGAGGAAGACCCAUCCUCAUCCAAGCAAGAUGAGCCAAAGAGCGUUCCAAUAGAGUCAGAAAGUGAAGAUGUCCAGGCUGAUAAGGCCCCAGUUGUCGAUGUUAGCCCUGUCGAGACCGAGGUUAUGAUGGAAGCGUCUGGAAGUGGAGUUUCUCAGGAAAUAAUUAAAAAACUGGACUUCGAGUCGAGGGAGGAAUUCCCAGAAAGUAACGAUGGUGAACGCAAAGAAAAGCCAUGUUCGCUGGGGGUUUUCUCUUCAGCAAAAUCGAGGAGAGGAAGGGGGACAAGGGGCAGAAGGACCUACCUCGAGGGAUACGAUACGAUGGACAGACACCUGAAGAGAAAAGCCAAUUAUGAUGAAGAUCCAGAUAAGUCUGAAAAGAAAAGGACAAAGAGACCCGACGAUUAUGAUUCUGAAGUGAUUAAUACAACUGAGAGCCAGCCAGAGCCACAGCUUCCAAGAACCCAAGAUCCCCCCGGUAUUGAAAAGCUCUCUGAUCACGCGAGGAGAGAGAUAUCCAGACUGAAGAUCGAUAUGGUGGCUGAUUUCGUCUUUCCAACGGUGGGUGGACGCAGAAGGUCUAAACAGAAAGGUGAAGAUCCUGAUGAUCCAAGACCCAGAGCCUUAAGAUCGGCUGAGAGAGAGAUUGAUAACGAGCAGAGUCAGGAAUUACUCAAGAAAAAAAGAAGACGAAGUGCCCGAAUGGAGCCCGAUGCCUUGAAGAAAGACUCGCGAGAUCAGAAAUUAAAUAGUGGUACAGAUUCUGAUGAUAAAUCAUCGGAGUUUCAUCUCGACGAGGAUGAUUCUUCAAAAGUCAGUGGAAAACCAUCUGACAUGUUCUCUACCGAUAAACCUACAGAUAUUAGCGACCACGACGAGGUUGUGGAGAGCUCACAGGAGCCAACACUUCUGCGAUCUCCUAAAAGACUUCAAACAAGAGCAGAAGCAUCGUCUCCAUCGACAGCAAAGACAGUGACGAAAACCCCAGUUUCAACAAGUCCAAAGAAGCAAGUGUCCAACGAUCCUGAAGAAACCUUUAUGGAGGAGGACAAGAUCCUUGGGAAGACACCUACUGAAGAUCCAAAGAAAGCCCCUGAGGAUUGCUCAAAGUCCCCAGGUCUGGCGUCUUUUACGACGUCAGUCCUGGCGUCCUCAUCCCCUCAGGGUAAUCCACGUCGACUUUUUAAAAUAAGAAAUCGGCAGGGGAUGUCGCCCCAUGGACGUGGAGCCCACAUGCUGGGUCUCAUCUCAGGAGCUCCCCUGGCUACGGAGAAGUCCGAGGAGGAUGUCAGAAAGGAACAAGAGCCCCUCCUAAAGAUGCGUCCUGUCAUUCUGAGACACUCGGAGAAGGUGUCGAGUCCCAGUGGCAGUCGCCAGGAGAAGAUCUUCAACAAUAUGAAGGGCAACGAUUUCUCCCAGUCUCCGUUCAGUACCCUGAAGAACGAUGGUGAGAAGGUUUCCCCGAGGAGGGAUAGACCCCCAGAAUUGACAACCCUGGAUCACGAUUACGCUGAAACGAAGGAGAUGAGCACAACGAUAGGAUCAGAACGAGAGCUGCCGAUACUCGAGUGGUCGAGUGCUAAUCCACCCUCGUUAACGGCGUCCCCAGGCACAUCGAUUCUAAAACGCCACAAGUCACUGCCUCUGGACAGUGAUCAAGACAUCACGCCCAAACGAAAACGAGUAAGCUUCGCUGAUCCCCCCGUGUUCAAGGAAAUGUGGUAUGUUCCUUCGACUUUUAAAUCUCCGAAGGCUGGAGGGCUACGUUCCACUAGUAGACGAGACAGUCCGCUGAAGCCUAAGCCCCGUCCUAGGGUGACAGUAACACUGGUUGAUCCUUUGGAGAUGGAGGCGCUCGAGAGGCUUAAUGAGGUUGAUCUCCAACGGGAGAAGGACAACGAAAUGUUGGCGAAAAUAGCUGACGACCUGGAGGAGGACGAUGACGUGAACUUCGAUUCUGAUGAGGAGAGUGAGGAGAAGGAGGUGCGUGAGGACCCACCGAGCCUGGAAGUCAUCAAGAACGAUGAAGUCAUCGACACAAUCUCCCCUGAGACCCUUAGAGAGUCCCAAGGUGAGAACGAAACGGCGAACAGCUUCAAAGACCUGGAGAAACCGAGACUGAACAUCACAGAUGACUCGAUUUUGGGGAAAAUCUUGACCGAGGGACAUGAAGCGAAGUCUCAAGAGCUAGAGGAAACCUUGGACAUUCAAAAUUUGAGUAGUUUCAACUCAACAGCGAACUCUGAUGAAUUGUGUGUCGCAAGUGUCCCCAGGACGAGCACCCAGAUAGCUGUUAUGACAGCUGCUGCUGAUGCCGACACCCUUCCCAUAACGGAUUCAAUGUUUCUGAGCCAGACGAUGAGCCAGUGCAGUCAGGGCAGUCAGAAUAGCAUUGACAUACCUGUUCUGGAGCAGUUGAAUUCUAUCUCGCCGAUUUACCAUGGGCUGAUGAGUUGUGAGGAACCCCUGAAAACCAUAAUCACUGACCUGACGAAUCCCUUGUGGGUGCCCCAUUUAUCCAACUGGUUCGAGGCAAGAGGGCUCAAAACCAUUGGAGACCUCGCCAGGAUGACAGAGAAGGAGGUGGCGGACAUACCCACGAAGGGAAAUCCGAAGGCAGCUUAUGUGAAGGAGAUACUUGAAAAAUUCUCCAAGACUUGGAUUCCAACAAGUCUGGAGCAGAGCCUCCAGAGCUCUAAUGACAAGCCACGUGAGGGGGAGCUCGUGGAGAUCGUAGAGGAGACGAUUGAAGUGCAUCCUGGGGGUGAUGACGAGGACACGAUGAGUGCCACCAGUGAGGACAUCACGCCACCCUCCAUUUCCAUAAAUUCCCUGGACAAUUCCAAGGGUCAUCUGGAGAUUGACAGUGUUCAGACACAGGAGGCGAACGACUCCAUGAUCAUCAAUACGACCAUUUCUCCACCUGCCAAGUCGUCUGGAAUGCUCUCCCCUCAGGAGAGUAUUUCCAUAAGUGUCGUUGAAUCACAGGAUGUAGAGUCAUCGCAGAUACCUGCCAACGAGCCUGAACUUGAAGAGGUGCUGAUGCAGGAGGCAGAAAACCAGGCAACUGACAGUGCUAGGGCUGCCUUGAGCGUCAUUGGCUUCGAUGAGGCACUCUCCAAGCUGGAGGAGCGCUAUGGGAAGGAGAAGGAGUUCAUCUCCAAGAUUCUGACCUCGUACAAAGGGAAGAUCAGGGCUAAAGAUGUCAAGGAAAUUUUGGAUAUUGAGAUUGUGAAACAAGUGAUCAAGGAGAAGUGCUCGACGACCGAAAUUUGUGAGGUCAUAUCUGAGGUUAUAGGGGAUGGCGAGAAGAAGGGAGGAUUGGUGGAAGUUUUGAAAGGACUUCCGAGGGAUUUGGUCAGGCAAGCUCUCACUGAUGGAGAGGCUGUGUCAUCCUCUGUAAUUCUCGAUGUCGCUUUGGAGAGAAACAGCGCUCAAGCAGUUGCAGAUGCUGUUGGGGCGAAAUUCCCAGAGGUUGCGGGGCGUAUUUUCGAGGAGACGGUCAAUCAAUAUAAUUCUCCUUCCGAGUUGAGUGGCUCGAAGAAAAUGUCCCGUGAGGAAUUGCGAAGGGUCUUCGGGACUGUUGCUGAACAGAUGGACGAGGAGGACCUUUUAGAGGCGUCUUACGAGGCUAUGAGGAAGAAGAUAAAGAAAUAGCUGACAGGGCUGGGGUGUUUGUGAACUCAUGCGAAGUUCUUCUUGUGCUGAUGCUGAUAAUAAUGAGUAUUAUCUAACCGUUUUUGAAGGAAUGGGAAGAUCAUGGGAAUGACAAGUAUUCCUUCGGCAAUGAGUUUUGAAUACGUUAGCACAAUGUACAUAUGCGAACAUUCGUUGAAUCUUGGGCUUUGAAUAGCCGAACGAAGUCUUGUAAAAAUGCGUUCAUUAUGACUAUUGUCGACUCUUCAGAGUUGAUUAAAAAUGUAUGGAAUUUUACUGCCUCAGGCUGAAUUUCAUGAAUCAAUGUACUGUUAUCUUCAUUAACAAUAAAAUAAUUUUUUAAUAAA